ACUCUCACUCGUCACACGUGGCACACGGCGGAGACGGGUGGGACGAUGUGGUGCAAUAGUUAUUAAUAAACAUUAAUGCGUAAUAAAACUAUUUGAAUAAAUGAAAAAAAAAAAAAUUCUUCCUUGACUCCCUCUACGUCGAAAUCUUCUGUUAAUCGACCGAGUGCCGACCGCGUGAGGGGUUUUUACGACGUGAAGCGUCCGUAUAAAAUCUGGUCCCUCUGCGGUUUCCUACGAAGCAUCGGACUCUCAUCCUUAUCGUGCGGGUGAAUUUCUCCGAUUCCUCUGCAAUUUCGCUCCCUCCGAUUGCCUCUUCCCGGCUUCGAAUUCUAGGGUUUUCGAUUACAAGUGAUCCGACGAUCGGGGUUUGAGAUCGAUAAUGCCAGCAAUGAAUUACCAGGGCUCUUCGUUUGGCCGAUCACUUCUUAGCCUACGACGCGAGCAAGUCGAUGCCCAGCUUGAAACAGGCUCGAGCCGGGAGCGGGAACUUGAAUGCUUCCAGCGCCUUGUGGCGGAUCUUUUCUCGGAUCUCUCUUCCGACUGCGAGGAGCUUCUCUCUCUUCUUUGGAUUCGGAAGCUGUUAGAAGCUUUCCUCCUUAGCCUGGAGGAAUUCCGCAUCAUUCUCUUCAACAACGGCCCGAUCCUCUCCCAGGCUCCGUUGGAUCGCCUCAUCUCCGAAUUUUACGAGCGCAGCGUGAAAGCCCUCGAUAUCUGCAACGCCAUCCGGGAUGGGAUCGAGCAGAUUCGGCAGUGGCAGAAGCACAUCGAGAUCGUGCUCAUUGCCCUAGAUCCACACCAUACCCCCAUCGGAGGGGGACAGCUGCGUCGUGCCAAGAAGGCGCUCACUGAUCUCGCCAUUCUUAUGCUCGAUGUGAAGGAUUCCGCCUCUGUUCUUGCGCAGCGAAACAGGUCAUUUGGCCGCAAUAGCACGAGCUCCAGCAAGGAUCGUGGCCACUUCAGAUCCCUUUCGUGGAGCGUUUCUCGAUCGUGGUCAGCGGUCAAGCAACUCCAGGCUAUUGGAAACAACAUUAAUGCUCCCCGUGUAAAUGAUGUUGUGGCGACUAAUGGAGUAGUGAAUCCGAUCUUCACGAUGAAUACAAUGCUACAUUUUGUGAUGUGGACUUUGGUUGCUGCAAUUCCUUGCCAGGACCGUGGCCUUCAGACUCACUUUUCCAUCCCUCGGAACUUCCCUUGGGGUGCUUCCGUUCUAUUGCUCCAUGAAAGGAUAGUGGAGGAGUCAAAGAAGAAAGAGAGGAAGAACUCUCUUGGACUCUUGAAAGAGAUUCAUCAGAUAGAGAAGUGUAUCAGAAACUUGUUGGAGCUGAUGGAUUCUGUUCAGUUUCCAUUGACAGAGGAGAAGGAGAUGGAGUUAAGACAGGGUGUGCUUGUUUUAUCUAAUGUCCAUGAUGCCAUGAAGGAAGAAUUGGAUCCAUUGGAGUCCCAGGCGAGGGAGGUUUUCCAUAGGAUUGUGCGAAGUAGGACAGAGGGCCUUGACUGCUUACAUAAACAACAAUGAUUUUAUUAAAAUUUUUGGUUAUUGAAUGGUGCCACUUAGCAAAAUGCAAUGUUGCCAGAGUUAAAUGUCACCUUCCUUGCAAUCAAGUGGUUGCCAGUGGAGAUAAAAGAGAGAAGUGGCAUACUCCUGUAAUGUAUCUACUGCUAAGACUUUUUGGCAGGUACUUUUCUUAUGUUCAUUAUAAUACUUAAGAAGUCUAAAACAGAAUUUUUGUUUGCAAGUAGAGUUAAUUAUUUUCUUGGUUCCUUCUAAGUUUCCCCUUUAAAUUCUUAAAAGUCAAAUCCUCUCUAAACAUUAUACGUGAAAAGAAGAUUGAACUCUGGGGGCUGGGGCUCUCGGGCCAGGACCUACCCAAGCCAGAUCACAUCAGAGGGAGAAUUAGAGGGUGUUUAGGGCUUCCUAAGGGCAUCUCGAACCGAAAAACUCAUUUUCCGCUCUAAAAUACAGCAAAAAUUUAAAAUGCAGUAAUUCAUCUCAAAUCGAACGGCAUUUUCUCUUUUCUUUCAUGCGCUUCCUACGAACGUAACCAUUUCCCCUUACGCACACAUUUUGUCCUCUUUUGCACGCUUCUUCAGAAAAUCCCGUAGCCCAAUUUUUUGGCGUAGGUGAACAGUCCAACCCAAUAUUGGUGUCAGACUAUUCACAUGCUGAACUUUGGCAUGAUAUUUGGAGUUCGAAUGGAGCGAAUGGCCGACUGCAUAGGGUGGUAUGGAGUUCAAUUGGAGAUGAUCUAAGGCUGUUGUCCUCUUGACUCCCCGUGGCCCCAACUGCUAGUAAGGGAUUUAUACCUGCCUGUCCACUCUUUAGCCGUUGAAAAGAUCAACAUUUGAUUUAUAGAUAUUUCCGAAAAUAUGACUCAAAAAGACGUAUGAUAAAAAACUAUUGCGUAGAUAUUUUCCCAACAGAAUUAUUA